AAAUUUUAGUGUGUGCAAUCGACCAACCUCAACAUGAAUAAACCAAUCUAUUUGAUCCAAUCUCUAAUUGUUUUAUCCGGGCUGUUACUCAAUUGUCUAGCUAAAGAGAACCAUUUACUGCGGAUAGCUGUAUUAGAUGUUAAGAAUGACUGGUCAUCUAAUGAUACCAACAGUCAGUGGAAUUAUGAUAUAACGGGUCGUUCUGGUCAAAUAUUUGCUGUUAUACAUUGGAAUGAAAUUAGCACCAAAACACAGAAUAUUCAGGAAGUGAAAUCAAUUUUGAACGAAUCCCAUGAUCUAUGGCUAUUUACUGCCAGUCUUUGUGAAGAGUCUUUUUUCUUAGAUACGAUAAUACCACGGAACUUCACAUAUAGCUGUGUGGCUCCUUUCACCAAAGUCGAUUUCUCAUUGACGGUUGUUCCCUGCUCAAAUGCGCAACGGCGUAACCGUAGGGCAGUUGGUGAUGAUAAUGGAUUGUUCUGCCUUUAUCGUCAGGAUGGUUUGAAGAAAAUAAAAACGAUGGAAGCUAUUGUACAGGAUUUAAAAUGGGAUAAUUUUAUUCUCAUUUAUGAAACUAAAACAGAACUUAAUGUAAAGCCGUUCACAGAUAUAAUAGGUGGUGAUCAAAUCACUUUAACCUUGUAUAAUAUUGACGAAUUUAACAAUGAUACAGAGCAAUAUUACAACUUAUUUUAUAAAAUUUAUAAAAGUACCGAAUAUGAAACAAGGAAUUUAUUGCUGAUGUGUUCACAGACUUGUAUAAAUAGUGUUUUAUAUCAGGUUGACAAAUUUGACGAGAGAAAUAGUGGUGCUACAGCGAUGGGGGUAUUUUCAAAAUGGUUGAUAACUGAUUUUCAUGACGCAACAAUUCUACCGAAUGGAUGUCAACUGAAAAUGGAUAAUAUUGCUGUAGUGAAAUUUCCCGUUACUAAUGAGGACGCUCUCUCAAGAUUUAGAACUGUAUUUGUAAACAGUAUAAAAACUAGCAUCAGUAAUUUUAUUGAUAUCGAGUUAGCUUCUCUUGGCACAACAACAGGCAGUGGUACUAAAACAUUACCUGCUUUAGUUUAUGAUGUUCUGAUAAAGGAUCUAACAACGUAUAGCGAUUGUUGGAGAGCAGAAAUAUAUACAUUAUUAUAUAAAACAGAAGGACGAUUGUUAAGUCCAGUUGGUCAUGUUAAUUAUACAGAAAACGUUAAUCUAUCUCCUAAUGUUAUUAUUUUUCCUAAUACAAAGUAUGGAUUUAAUCAAAGAGUCUUUAGAACAACAACUAAUAGUUGGCAACCGUUCUCGAAACGUUUGCCAAAGGUGAACGGAACAGUACAGUAUGAGGGCUAUUCUUAUGAUAUCAUGAAGGUUCUUCAAAAUUCUCUAAAUUUUAGUUUGACAAUAAUUGAACCAGAAGAUGGGGAAUGGGGAAGAGUUCUGAAUGGAUCAUGGACUGGCAAUGUCGGACAACUUCACAGACGGGAAGUUGACCUGUUUGUAGGACCUUUAGCCAUGUCUGCAGAGCGUGAGCAAGCUAUAGAUUUUGUCUAUCCGUAUUUCCUUGCUUAUACAGCAGUGGUUUUCCGACUGCCUGAUCCAAACAAAAACAAAUGGAGGAAACUCGUUGAACCGUAUCAAUGGGAAGUUCAUGUUUGUUUAUUUUCAUCUUUUUGUGGAACUAUUUUACUUCUCUACACAAUAGAAAGCCUCAAUCCUUUCUACCUUAAUUCGAAAAAACCCAGACCAACAUUUCAAGGAAUCGUGCUUUAUCUAUUUGGUGCCAUGUUAUUUCAAGGAGGAAAUGUGAUGCCAUCAUCUAGUUCUGGACGAGCAUUAUUAGCAGCUUGGUGGAUAUUUUGUUUAAUAUCAGUAGCUACCUACAGUGGUAAUCUUAUAGCAUUCCUUACUGUAUCUAAAGAAAAACUUCCCUUCGAGACAUUGACCGAACUCGGGACACAAGAUGAAUACAAAUGGGGAACAUUGGAAGGCAGUGUCUGGGUAUCCUUAUUACAAAAUUCCAACCUAUCGGAUUAUAAACGCCUAUGGCAAGGUAUUUUAAAAUUCAACAAAACCGAUCCCGACGUUCUACAUUUAGAUCAAGACCUUCAGAGACAUAAGGUUAUUACAGAAAACUAUGGUUACAUUGCAGAUAAAACGACAGCAGAGACUUGGGUUUUCCAAUCUUGUGAUUUGACUUACUUGAAAGAACUUUUCUUUCCCAUGAACUAUGCAUUCGGAUUACAAAGUAAUUCUCCAUAUUUGCAGUAUUUCUCAGAUGAAAUGAUGAAAAUUUUGGAAAGCGGGUUAGCUCAAAUAUUGAAACGAAAAUGGUGGCCUAAACCAGGAACGUGUAUGGAUGAUUCAAAUUCUGUUCAGACUGUAGAACUAAUUGAUAUUCAGAGUGCUUUCUAUGUAAUUCUAAUUGGGAUGACUUUGGCAUGUUUGACCAUUCUUGUCGAGAGCUUUUUUACGAAGAAUGGUCCACAUAUUUAUUUACGAUUUGAAGGACUGAGAAAGUUCUUCAAUAGACAUUAAAGUGGUGUAAUAAUAUAAAGUAACGAAUGCUUCCGUGGAUUCAGAAAAUUAAGAAACGCCUACGAAUAGAUACACAUAGAUAUAUACAUAUUUUCAACCGUGAAAUAGACUUUAACGGUCAUGCACAGCAUUGCAUGCAAAAACAUACAAAAAGAAAACUUUUGUAGCACAGAUAUUGUAUAUGGCUUCCGUCACUGAAUAAAAUUAACGACCUUAAAAUAAUUAAGCUAAUAGAGGAUAAACAAGAGCAAACAAAGCCUUUCAAACCUCGGUAUCUCUGUUUUUUAGUGGUCGGAUUUAAUAAUAUUUGGCCGAAUUUAAUAUAUAGAACAGCCCCUUUGUGCUUGUUUUCGUCAGCGAUAGCAAGUAGCAAUGAAAAAUAGUUGGAGGUCAUGAUUUUCAUGUAUUUUAAGUCCACCUAUAAAUGGAUUUAACUUACGAAAUACAAUGAUAUACUAGUAGCGCUACGUAAUGUAAAAAUAUAUAAUUGUAUCCAAAAUAUUAUUAAAUUCAAAACGGGGCGUGGCACUUAGGCAUUUUCAUGGUGCUCUAAAAAGGGCGUGUGGCGAUUACAUUAGGGAACGAGAGAGGUAGGGUUUAACGUCCACUCGACCCAGAAUAGGUCAUUUCGGGACUAACAUAUGGUUCAGUUUUAUUUCAAUGAUAGGCUUGUGCGUAGUGGUCUUUAGCAGCGGUAGGAAACCGGAAGACACAAAACACCCACGAGUUUGUACAGGCGACCCAACUUACUGUCAUCAGGUACAAGCUGGUAAUUGAAAGUAUGCCCCUUUACUCAAUGAGUGAGAGAGAGAGAGAGAGAGGUGUUAACGCCCCUUCUACACAAACUAGGUCAUUUAAUUUCAACAGUUCGCUUGUGCGUAGGGAUCUUUAGCUGUGGGAGGAAACUGAGGGAGACCCAACUCCUUGCCAGGCAGAGUCAGAAAUCGCAACUACGCCACUUGACUCAAUGACAGACCUUAUGAAUGGCCUGCAACACGGGGUUCCAAUAUAAAAGGGCACUCCAAAUUAGUUCUCGAAAAUAUUU